AUGGCUCUAAUACACGGCGUCGACUACUCGGUUGUCAACCCGAACAACAAGUGGAAGAUGCUGAGAUCGCAGUCGCGAUUUGCGCUUUGGGCGCUUUUGAUCUCCUCCGGCGUCGUAAUGCAAGGCUUCGACAUCGUAGCAGGUGGACAACUCGCGGCACUGCCCGCGUUCAAGGAGAAGUUCGGACUGCUACAGGGCGACGGCAGCUACCUGAUUCCGGCACACUACCUCUCCGCCUGGAACUCGAUCGCCCCGGCCACAGAGAUCGCCACCACCUUCAUCUUCGCCCCGCUACUCGAGAAGUACGGCCGCAAGUGGGGGAUCUUGGCCGCAUCCCUCAUCUCGACCGCCGGCGUCAUCCUCCAACAACUUGCCCCGGACUGGCGGACGCACCUCGCCGGCAGGGGCGUCAACGGCAUCGCCAUCGGCAUGAUGUUCACCAUCUCACCCCUCUGGAUCGGUGAGACCUGUCGUCCAGAACUCCGCGGCUUCUUCCUGUGCUUCUUCAACACUAGCAUCGUCUUUGGCCAGUUCGCCAUCGUCGUGGUCUCGCAGGGCAGCAAUCACCUCUCAGGCAAGUGGCAGUGGUGGCUGCCCGUCGUCGCCAUGUACAUUUUCCCUUUGAUGCUAACCGCCGCCUGGCCCUUCUUCCCCGAGUCGCCCUCUUGGCUCAUCCGCCACGGCAAGCGAGAGGAGGCGAAAAAGGCGCUGCGCCGCAUCUACGGCUUCAAAGAGCAGACAUUCUACGAGAUCGAAGCGUCACGCAUGGCCGAAGAGAUCCGCCUCACGAGCGAUCUACAACACGGCAACAUCGAGUCAAGGCCUCCCAGGCGACUCCUAGGCGUCAACGUGGAGCGAACAGCUGAAUGCUUCGACGCGGCCAAUCGCAAGCGCACCCUGACCGCCAUCUUCGCCGCUUCCGCGCAGCAGAUGAUCGGCGCCACGUUCGUGAUCGGGUACGCGACGUAUUUCUUCGAACUCAUCGGCAUCAGCAACUACUUCGCCGCCUCCAUGGCCCUCUACGCCGUCAUGCUGGCCGCCACCAUGGCGGCCUUCCCCCUGACCGAGAUCUACGGCCGCCGGUUCCUUAUCGUCGGUCCCCAAUUCGCGCUAUGCUUGAUGCUUCUGAUCAUUGGCAUCCUUGGGUGCGUGCCGGACAAGGCCAAGGCCAGCUGGGGGGUUGUCGGCCUGCUGUAUGUGUGGGCGCUCAUCUACCAGCUCUCCAUCGGCGCCACGGGAUUUGUCCUGGCGUCCGAGAUUGCCACCAUCAGACUCCGGGCGAUGACACAGGGUCUCAUCACGAUCACGAAUGCCGUUUGGGGCCUGAUUAUGCAGUUUACUGUCCCUUACAUGAUCAACCCCGAUGCCGGAAACUUGGGCGGUAAGGUCGGCUUUAUCUUUCUGGCAACCGGGUUGAUAGCUGGCAUUGGAGGCUGGUACUUGUUCCCCGAAACGAAAGGACUUUCGUUUGAGCAUUUGGAUCAACUGUAUGCCAUGAACGUGCCCCCGAGACUCUUUCAGAAAGUGGCGGCCGAGGGCAUGAGCGGAUAUAAUGCAGGGGAGCUUGUUGACAAGGAAGGCGCCAUCACUGAAGAACACCGCGUUGAAACAUCGGCAGUACCAUAA